CCUAAUGCCUUUAUUUUUUUGUGGACAACAAAGCAAAGUGUGUAGCUACCAAGUACAUAUGGAGAAAAGUAAGAGUAGAGGUGUGAGAAAAGGUGCAUGGACAUAUGAAGAAGACAAGUUACUGAAAGCUUGUAUUGAAAUGUAUGGUGUAGGAAAAUGGCAUUUAAUUCCACAAAGAGCAGGAUUGAAUAGGUGCAGGAAAAGUUGUAGACUGAGAUGGUUAAAUUAUUUAAACCCUGCUAUCAAUAGAGAGAGUUUUUCUGAGGAUGAAGUUGAUAUGAUCUUAAGGUUACACAAACUUCUAGGAAAUAGAUGGUCAUUAAUUGCAGCAAGACUUCCUGAUAGAACAGCUAAUGAUGUUAAGAAUUAUUGGCACACCCACCUGCGUAAGAAGAUGAUUUCAAAAAACUCAGAUGAAAAGAAAGAAAAAGAGAAUCUUAAGGAAACCAUGAAAACUCAUCAAGUUAUUAAACCUCAUCUUCGAACUUUUUCAUCUCAUUCACUUCGGUUGAAUGAGAAACAUAGUUUUGUGAAACCAAUAGUGACGGUUUCAAUUAAAGAUGCUAGUGUUGCUAAAGAUAGUAACAUAGAUAGUACCGUGCAACAAAUUAAUGGUGAUGGAGAUUGUGCUAUGUGGUGGGAAAGUUUGUUGAAUUUGAGCAAUGACAAAAUUGGCUCAUGCUCUUUACUACAAGAGGGAAAUUCUACUUUAGAGUUACCAAAUGUUGACAACAUUUUGAUUGAAGGCUCCUAUUCCAAUGUCAAUGAUUUUCAAUGGGAUUCCAUCCUUUGUAAGUUUGAUUCUCUUUGA